GUAGAUGAAUUCUAUGUGUGUUUACAGUUUACUGAGGCAGCAGAGUGAAACUGUGACCUCAACAACAACAAAAGGAUUGCAAAAGCGCUCGUGGCUUAUGAAAGGAGCAUCAUGUAACCUUUUUGUUUUGGGUGUGCUGCCCCUUUAAACAGCAGGCGUGGCUCCGCUUACUACGGGCCCCGCCUCCCGCGCAUAACAGCCAAUUCUCUGCCCUCGCUCUGGACCAUAUUCGUGCAGCAGUCCUGCGAAGAAAGUGACCGCAGCCGGGCCACUUGAGCGGCGGGGAGCGCGAACCGAGCGGACCGUCCGACGCCUCGCCGAGGGGAUUCCUACCCUCCAGGAGCAGACGGGGAAACAGCGGGACGCUACGCGCUUCGAAGCGGCAGAGCUGGAGUCCAACGGAGCGGAGCGAAGGAGGGGAAGGACGGCUCUCGUCGCUGCGGGCUUUUGGACCCUUUAAUUUUACGCACAGGACCUAUGAAGACGCGGACAGGUCAUCCUCUCGCAACCGCAGACAGAAGCACCACGGAGUGAUUCACGCCCCCUCCAGCCCCCGUCACCUCACCCCGCCUGUCUGCCUCCAAUGCCGGGCUUUAGCUCCGCCGCGCCUCGUUAUGAAAACUGGGAAAUGGACCACUACCAGCACUACUUUUACGACGACCACGAUCCGGACGAGGACUUCUUCAUGUCCACGGCGCCCAGCGAGGACAUAUGGAAGAAAUUCGAGCUGGUUCCGACCCCGCCCAUGUCCCCCAUCCGGCUGCCGGCGGAAGGGUCGGGCAAGGUCGGGCUGCUCUGUCCCUCUCUCGGGGACAAGCUGGAGUGGGUUUCUCAGUUCCUGGGGCAGGAGGACGAGCAUAAUCAGCAGCCGCAGCAGCAGCACGCGCAGGAGCUGCCCUGCAAGCUCGCGACCAGCGGCGACUCCUUCGGCAACCUGAGCUCCAUCAUCAUCCAGGACUGCAUGUGGAGCUGCUUCUCUGCCGGACAGCAGCUGGAGAGGGUGGUAGGGGAGCGUCCUCGGCUCGGCGCCGGAGGCAGCGUUUUGUCUCCGUGGAAAGCCCAGCAGGGUGCCCUCGGCGACACGUGGUUCGCGGGUGGCCUGGCUGCGGACUGCGUGGACCCGGCUGCCGUGCUCAAUUUCCCGCUACCCGGAGGGUGCAAGAGACAGAUUUGGUCCGGUUCGGAGUCGCACACAGACUCCUCAGAUAACGAAGACGAAGACGAUGAGGAUGAAGAGGAGAUUGACGUGGUGACGGUGGACCACAAGCAGCAGCAGCAGCAACAGCAGCAACAGCAGCAGCAGCGUAAACCCCGUCGACUGGUCACCACCCGCAAACCGGUGACCAUAACGGUGCGAGCAGACCCCCACGACCCCGGCACCAAGCGUUUCCACAUCUCCAUCCAUCAGCAGCAACACAACUACGCCGCGCCCUCCCCGGACACUCUCCCCGCGGCUCCCGAGCCCGCCCGGAAGAAGGUCCGACAGCAAGUCCACGCUUCUGCGUCCCAGCCUCCCCAGAACUCUCUCCACAACCAGCCCCGGCCCGGCCACGCGCCUCUGAACUUGGACAGCAGAAAGUCUCACACCGGGGCGAGAUCAGAGUCCCCCAACCUCAGCGCGUCCUCUCCUACCUCGUCCUCGUCGCCUUCGUCUCCACCCAGCUCCUCCUUGUCAUCCCACCAGAGCUUGCCGUCGAAGCCCCCUUCCCGCAUGUCGAGCCCCUUGUCCUCGGACUGCGAGGACACGGACAAGCGCAAGGCGCACAACUUCCUGGAGCGCAAACGGCGCAAUGACCUCCGCUCUCGCUUCCUCUUGCUACGGGACGAGAUCCCGGGGUUGGCGGACUGCGCCAAGACCCCCAAGGUGGCCAUCUUGACCCGAGCUGCGGAGUACCUGCAGCAGCUUCACGCCGCCGAGAGACAGAAGACUCAGGAGAGGAAGCAGCUGAAGGCCCGGCAGCUACAGCUGCUGCAGCGGUUGGCGCAGCUCAAACGCUUCUGAAGGCCGGAAUCGACCGUCGCCUUCACAUGAACACUUGAACUGAAGGUGACUUGCAUAAAGUGGGGAAAACACUGUUCACUAAUCAUGCUGGAUUAGAGGAGUUGGAUUUGUUUUUUCUAUUUUUUGCUGUUUUUUUCUUUAUUUUUUUAUUUUUGAAAACUUUUUUUGUGGUUUGCACAUCAGCUUCUGAGUGACAGAGCUAUCUGGACGGCCGUUUUCCGGCUGGUUUCCUUUUUACUAUCCUGAGAUCUCAAGGGAUUUCUGUUGGAUCUUGCAAGGUGGAAUUUGCAAAAACACUGCUCUCUAAUCAUGUUGGAUUAGAGGAGUUGGAUUUUUCUUUUUUCUUUUUAUUUUUUGCUGUUUUAUUUUUUGUGUGGUUUGCACAUCAGCUUCUGAGUGACAGAGCUAUCUGGACGGCCGUUUUCCGGCUGGUUUCCGUUUUAGUAUCCUGAGGUCUUGAGGGAUUUCUGUUGGAUCUUGCAAGGGGGAAUUUACUCAUGGUCACUCAAUAUUUCUUAAAUGUUACCCCCCAACAAGAACUAUUAAAACGUGUCUUAAAAUAAAGUUGGCAUUGUCAAUUGCUUUGGUCAAAGCCCCUGUUCUUUAGUACCUGGUCAAGAAUGUCAAAAUUCAUGAUUUUGCUAAUAAAUCUUAGUUUUUCAGGCUUCACUAAUGACUAUUUCGUUGUUCUUGUGACAAUGACAAUAAAGAUUUAUCUAUCUCUCUAACCUGCCCUUUUUUCCCCCCUAUUCUUCCCAUUUUCCUUAACAGCAGUUGGUCAGUCUUUGUUUGAAACUGACUUGUAAUGGAGAAGUUUGAGCGACUUUCCCUGCACCCAACCCUCCCUCCUCCAUUUAUUGCCCUAGUACCAUUUACUGCUGCAUGCUACAACAAAAUCCUUGCAGUUACAGCCUCUUUUUUUGUAGCAAUUUCAGAAAACGGGCUAUGUCUGAAAUGAUUUUCAAUACAGGUCAUCUAAAUAAUAAAAAAAAUCACUAAAAUAUUUACUGAGAUUUAUUGUUGUGCCAUGAAGAUCAGCCAAAAGGUGAAUGUCAGCUUAGGUUAAAAUAUUGGCUUAAAUAUUUGUUUUUAAAAAAUAUACCAUCUUCUAAUUGAAGUCAAGAGUUCCAGCUGUAUUUAUUUAAUCUUGCUGUCUGAUUUAUCUUAUUUUUAUUUUUUAUCUAUUUGAUGGAAUGCCUUUAGGAGCCUUUCUAUGUAUGUAAGCUAUCCAGUUGGAUGUUCUGUUUAUAGAUCCUUGACUGUACAGCGAAACCAAAACCUGAGCUGUCUAAGUUUACUCAUCCCAGUUUCUGUAGGGCUUGUUGGCUUUUCAAAGACGACUCAAAAGCUUCUAUUUUUGUUAAUAAAACUCUAAAGGAGGGAAAAAAACCCCGUUGAAAUAAAACACCACUUUGUCACUA